AUGCGUGACUCGCUCAGAGUCCAGCUUAAGGCGGCCAAGCGAGGCUACUCCAAUGCUAUCAAAGCGGCCAAGCGGAAAUACUUCACACAGAGACUUGAGUCCAUGGACGAGAUUGAGCUUCAUCGCAGGUUCAAACCACGCACCCCGACCUUGGCAACAUAUGAUGACCACGAGAUUCUAGAGCACUUCUUCGGUAUUACUGGACCGCCUGAUCCACAGCAGGAUGGCAGUGGCAGCCGCCAGGCCAUAGACAACCUAGAAGAGCUCGGAGGCAAUGAUGAGGCUUGCACACUUUCCAAGUUGCUUUAA